UGACGUCAUCUGGGAAGCUGUUGUUUUCCAGACAGGGAUCAGCCGGCUGGUACUCGUGUAGUGAUCUGGGAAGUUGUCCCACUUUGGAGACUUAUUUUCUGUGACUUCUGCAACAAAGAGUCGUCUCGAGGUUCUUCAUUUACUUCCUAAAAACCAUCAUGUCUUCUUUCAUCCCGGGACAGCCGCUGACCGCAGUUGUGCAACGAAUUCAGAUCCAGAAGUUGCGACAGGGAGAUAAUCUGAUCCUGGGCUUCAGCAUCGGUGGAGGGAUAGACCAGGACCCUGGACAGAACCCCUUCUCUGAUGACAAGACUGACAAAGGCAUCUAUGUGACCAGGAUUACACCGAGAGGGCCAGCAGACGAGGCGGGCUUGAAGAUGGGAGACAAAUUAAUGCAGGUGAAUGGCUGGGAUAUGACCAUGGUGACCCACGAUCAGGCGCGUAAAAGACUAACAAAGAAGAAUGAGGAUGUGGUGCGACUAUUGGUAACCAGGAGGUCGUUGGAGGAAGCUGUCAAACAUUCUAUGGGCAGUUACCCCAGACAGUAAUGACACCACCUACAACCACAGACUCAUGCAAUAGCCAAGGACCCAACACUGUCAUAUACUGAGACUCCCACACAUUCAGAUGAUUGUUUCACUGUGGCCUUUUAUAACUACGUCAAUGCAGCAAUAUUAGGCAGACCACAUCAAAUCAGUUCAUAUCUAUGUCAGAUGAAUGAAUCUGCUCAGUACAGUCAUUGGACAAUAAGAGGGUGUUCCUUUACUCCAUACACACUCAUACUCAUCUCAAAGUUAUCUGCGUUACUUUACAUAUAAUUUUGUAGCAUAUUCUUCUGAAAUAUGGAGCGAUCCGGAACCAUUUCAGAUUUACAGGCCUCAAAUACAUUUAAUCAAGAUCUGUUCUCAAAUUAAAGGAAGAAAUCACUGCGAUUUUUAAUUUAAAGUAGUCUUUUAGAUCCACUUUUGGCAUUCGGUUAUUGCUGACCUUUCCAACGAAGAGAAGUGCUCCAAAACUUACACGAUCCAUUUUGACAAAUCUUGAGCAAAAUGGACAUUUUUGCCAAUUUUCAAAUUGUUGUUGUAUGAAAAGUAUUGUUAGGGAUUAAAAAAGAUUUAGAAGAGUUCAUGGAGAUAUUCAUUCUAAUACCUGUUUGCUUGUUUUUCGAACAAUAGCGAGCUGAUGAGUUUUUUAAAGACAUUGCAUAAAAUAAUGCUUCCAUAUCGCUGUACUACACAUCAAUUCUAAAUUGUUUAUAUCACAGCAUUCUUGAUACUCACUCACUUUGGAGAUAUUUUACAAAUGUCCUUAAAUCCAUUCUUGAUGCAAGCUUUUUGGAAACAAUCCUUCUCUUUGAUCCUACAGCCGACCAAAGUUGGUCUUGAUGGCUCAAAUACAUCAAGAGUGUUUAUCAAUGCUUAUUGUGUCAUUAACGAUCACGGUUUCAUCUCAUUUGAAUAAAAAAAGUGUUUUGCUGUCAUUCAGACUACAGCACCAAAUACCAAAGUAAAAGCCAGUGAACUGUUAAGUGAUCAAAAUAUGUAAUAUUUGUAAUACUUUUCUUUUUUUAGAUAACGGCAAAGUAUUCUGUACAAAUUUUAUACAACAAACAAUAUACCUGUAUGCACAAUGAUUUAAUGCAUACUGAUGUUUUUUCACUAAUUAUUAUUUUGCAGAUACAUCUUUCUGUUCUAUUUAUAUUGUUUUUUUCAUGUCCAUAACAUGUUUGGGAUAGUAACAUCUCCUCUCUGCGUCUGCUAAGGUAACAACAUCGUUCAAAUUGCACAUUUUCUUCUUCCAAGUUACAGUUAUUAUGUCUAAUUCAAACAACAUUCCACAAGCUGGACCUACUCUGGAUUACUUUAAACUAGUUUCACACUGGAAUCAGCUACAUUCAGUUGUUUAUUGUCGAUGACCAAAAGUCCAAGUCGAAACUGUAAACAUGAACCAAGCAGGAGUGAAUGUUUGAUAACUGGGAAAGUGCACAGCAGCCUUACAUUAAUAUUUAAUACCAAUAAGUUUAAUGAACCUGUUUUUUUUUUUAUUAUGCAACACAACAAAAAUUGACUGCCUCUGCUACGCACUGCAUUAAUAUUGCAGACGAGUGAUUAAUACUAAUAAACACAAACAAAAUGUUGGUUAUGAAAUUUUACAUUACUGAAAAAAAAGAAAAUUAAAAUACUAAUCUUAUAACCUUGGGUGAUCUUAUUGGCUUUAAUUAAGUGUUAUACUAGUGGUAUAUAUAAUAUAUGUUGUAUGUGUUUAAUACAACCAUUUGAUUUGUAUUAUAUUAAAAACCUUAUCUAAUUAUCAAAUGUGUAAAAUGUAAGUUUUCAUUCCAAUAUUAAUCAUCCACUUUAAAAAAAGAUAAAAUACAAUACGGAGUAAUCAUUAUUCUAAAGACAAUAAAUGAAUGUUAGAGAUGUCAAAUUUAAAAAAAGGUACAGUAUGUCUCAAUGCAUUCUUACUGGUCAAAAUAUAAAAUCGGUGGAGUCAAUAUUGUACUUUUACAGUAAACCAUUUUGGAAUGAAACCUUUCAAUAUUUACUUAUGAGCCCAUUAAAUGAGACUAAAUCUGUUGUUACCACUUAUCACAAAUCAUGGCCCAUGUAUUAGUAAAUUAUGAGCAGUUUAAGCAGUUCCAUUUUUUUCUUAAAUCACUUCAUUUAAACGAUUAAGGAAGCAAAAAUCAGAGAAAGCCAGAAACGACACACUUUUGUUUAACAGACAUAUAUAUAUAUUUUAUAGUUUUUUUUCAUAUUCCAUAUAUCAAGUUAGGGGGUUCCUGACAGAAUUUCAAUGAUACGACAUGAGAAACGCAUCAUUUCUAUAUUUCUGUAUUUCCUGUAUGAAUUACAUCAGAAAUGUAAAUGUGAAUGCCAGCAGAGCACAAACAUUUUGCAUUUGAUUGUAUCCAGUUUCUAAUAUGAAUUUUUCUCAGAUAUUAAAAGACUGAAAACAAAAUAUGCAUCUCUAACUUUUAUUGAUAAACCACCAAUA